AUGAGAUUGUUUACAUAUAAACACAAAAACUAUAAAUAUCAAUGGAACGUGCAAACAACAAAACUGUUAAUAGAAGAAGUUAGAAGUAACUUUGGGUUACUAAAUAAUAAAAAUUAUAUGCAGAAAAAUAUCUGGAAAAAAAUUGCAAAUAAUUUUAAGGAAAAAGGGCAUAAUAUAACAGAGGAACAAUGUUCUGUUAAAUGGAAAAAUUUUAAACAAAAAUAUAAAAGUGUUCGAGAUCUCAAUAAUCAAACUGGUAGAGCUAAAGAAUCUUGGGAAUAUUAUGAUUUAAUUGAUGAUUUUAUCAAUAACAAACCCGAAAUAACACCUACAUCACUUGCUUCGAGUACACACGGAUUUAGAAUACACCAAUCAACUCUUACAGAAGAAUCUGCAGAAAAUAACUCCUCAGUACUAUCUACAUCUUCUGAUACUAGAUGUAAUAUCAGGAAACGCCGAAGAAAUGAUGAACCUAGUUGGGUCAAAGCACUUUGCGAACAAAGAAGGGUCCAUCAUGAAGAAAACAUACAAAUACAAACAAAAUUUUUAAAAUUAUUUGAAAAAUAUGUUGAAAAAGAAAAUAGACAUAAGUAAAAUUAGUUAUACUUAAGUAUUAAAAAUAAUAUUUUGUGAUAGUUAUCAAUCUGUGAUUCACUUCAGUAUUUUUUAGUUUUAUCUGAUAAUAAUUUGAUUUUAUUAUAGCACACGGAAUUCAAAAAGAAUUCAGAUUUAUGUCAUCAAUUCUGAAUUUAUUUUGAGAUGUAAAAAGAAUUCU